AUGGUUGUUAAGGGUCCAGCGGCACUUCUGGCCCUGUCUCUUCUGCAGUUAUCUCUGGCUUAUCCCCGUGGAGAAGAUGAACCGGGAAAACUGCCCACGAUGGGCUGGAACCCGUGGAAUACAUAUGAUUGCAACAUCAGCGAGGCGAUCGUUCUGGACGCAGCCGAGAACCUAGUCGCCCUCGGUCUGCGAGAUGCAGGCUACGACCACGUCAAUAUCGACGACUGCUGGCAAGUCAAAUCCGGCCGCGACAACUUGACCAACGAACUCAUCCCGGACCCCGUGAAUUUCCCCCGCGGAAUCAAAGGCCUCGCAGACGACGUGCACGAGCUCGGCCUGAAACUCGGGAUCUACAGCAGCGCAGGAACCGAGACCUGCGCCGAGUACCCGGCGAGCCUCUACUACGAGGAAACCGACGCCGCCAGCUUCGCGGCGUGGGGGGUGGACUACCUCAAGUACGACAACUGCGGCGUUCCGAGGAACUGGUCGGAUCCGUACACCGCGUGCACCGACCGUUGGUCGAAUACGGUCAACGGGACGUGCGUCGGGCUCGCGAAUCCAGCGCCGGAGGAUUACGACUGGGGGACUUCCCCCACGGCGGAGCGGUACCGGCGUAUGGGCGAUGCCCUGGCUAAGCAGGACCGGCCAAUUCAAUAUGCGCUCUGUCCCUGGGGCUUUGCACAGGUGCAUACAUGGGCGAAGGGGGUUGGGUCCUCAUUUCGCAUGAGCAAGGAUAUCAGGGCGAAUUGGGGCCGUGUGCUGGAGAUCCUCAAUAGGAAUUCCUUCCUGAUGAACUAUGUUGAGUUUGGGUCUCGGCCCGACGCAGAUAUGCUAGAAGUCGGCGUCCGAGGCCUCACCUCGGCCGAGGAGCGUACCCACUUUGCAUUCUGGGCGCUGAUGAAAUCCCCCCUGAUCAUCGGCGCAAGCCUAACCGCCCUAACUGACACUCAGCUCUCUCUGCUCAAGAACCCCCGGUUGAUCGCAUUCAACCAAGAUACCCGUUACGAAAAGCCAGCCGUCCCUUAUAAAUGGGGCACGAACCUGGACUGGACGUUCAAUGCUAGUUUCCCUGCCGAGUACUGGUCUGGUGAGAGUCGUGCUGGGACAUUCAUUGCCAUGUUGAAUACGGGCAGUGCUGCGGUCAGUAAAACGGCGCUGUUCUCGGAGAUUCCGGGGCUCAGGCGGAGGCGCCGGUAUAGGAUUGUUGAUGCGUGGACUGGAGAGAAUUUGGGUUGUCACUCUGACCAGUACACGGCGCUUGUUGAGUCGCAUGACACGGCUGUUCUGAUUGCGAAGCCAUGUUAG